AUGUUAAGACCUUGACUUUAGAAAAAUAUAUAUCCGAAGUUGUUGUCGCUGUAGUCGAGGGCGUACAAAAAUGCAAAGCUUCAGCCGAUGUCUGGGCUGCUGUCGAAGUGAUUUCAGCAUUGCAUCAACGUUUUCCGGACACAUUUACUCCAUUUUUAACACAUACGUUGGCUCGAUCCCUUGCACCUCCUAACAAGCAACUUGUAGUUCUCAAUACCGAUCAACGUGAAAGAGAGGAAAGUUCUCGAAUUUUAAAACAACGUGUUUUGCUCAGAAUUGCAGGUGAAUUAUGGUUAAUAGGUGUUCUUAGGAAUGUUGAAGAUGGUGUUGCUGCAUUGAAUAGUGGAGGUGCUGCAGUAGGGGAGGGUGGCGUAAAUGGUGUCAAAGAUAAUGUUGCUGGGUUCGUCAGUAGCCCGAUCAAAGAAAUGAAAGAAUUCAAAGAAACAAGAACCUCCGGUGAAGGGUUCAUGUAUACUGUGUUGAAAGAUUUGGUUUGUCAUAACAUCCGUGUUGAUCCAGGCGAUGUUGAACAAGUGUCUGUUUACUUAAAUAUGAAUAGUUAUCUCAUGACAACAAACAUAAAUCUCCGUGAGGUCGGUACUGCUGCCCCUAUCAAUGACGAGAACAAUACUGCCAGUGAUCGCGACAUUGGCCUUGAUAACGAAAAUGAGUUCACAGACUCGGAUAGCGAACCAAUUGUUAGCGCUUCUCAGCGAGCUCUUUUUAAAAAUUUGUUGAUCGAAUAUUUUAAAGGUGUGGAAACCCGAUUGAUUAAGGAACACCAG